AUGGCCACAAACGGCAACACCAACGGCACACACUCUCUGCCUUUCAAGCUGAGCGAUCCCGAUCUGCUGCAUCAACAGUCCUACAUCAAUGGAAAAUGGGUCGAUGCUAAGUCUGGGAAACGCUUCGACAUCGUCGACCCCGGCUCGGACAAGACAUGGGCCUCAUGUCCAGACAACGAUGUCGACGACGUCGACAAUGCCAUCCAGACCUCCCACAAAGCCUUCAAGGAGUACUCGGUUCUGAAUCCCAAGAAGCGUGCUGAGAUGCUCCUCAAAUGGCACGAGCUCAUUACGGCCAACAAAGAUGACAUCGCAAAGAUCCUUACGUACGAGACAGGCAAGCCUCUAGCAGAAGCUUAUGGCGAGCUUACUUACUCCUUGGGCUUCACAUGGUGGUUCGCUGGCGAAGCAGAACGUAUACAGGGCAGCAUCUCAGUGCCAUCAGCACCCAACCGGAGGACCUUCGUCAUCAAGCAGCCAAUCGGUGUGGCAGUGGCUCUGGUGCCAUGGAAUUUCCCAAUCGCCAUGAUUCUUCGCAAAGCCGGCGCUGCAUUCGCUGCUGGCUGUACGAUGGUGGUGAAGCCAUCGCCAGAGACGCCACUCACUUGUCUGACACUUGCGCACCUUGCCACGAAGGCAGGUUUCGCCCCUGGUGUAUUCAACGUUCUCACCACGUCGCUCGCGAACACGCCGGCGCUGUCGCAGGCCUUAAUUGAACACCCUCUGACCAAGAAGGUCACGUUUACCGGCUCGACUCGGGUCGGCAAGCUCGUUGCUGGCCUCUGUGCAAAGGGUCUGAAGAAGUGCACACUUGAGCUUGGUGGAAACUGCCCGUUCAUCGUUUUCGAUGAUGCCGACCUGGAGGAGGCUGCUAAUCAGUACAUGGCGCUGAAGUGGCGCCACGCCGGACAAGCUUGCAUCACUGCCAACCGCCUGUAUGUUCAGUCGGGAGUAUACGACAAGUUCACCCAAAUCCUGGUUGAGAAAACAAAGGCUCUGAAGGUCGGCCAUGGUGCAACCGAGGGUACCACUAUGGGUCCUGUCACAACACCUCGUGGUCUUGCGAAGGCAGAAGAGCAAGCGGCCGAUGCUGUCAAGCACGGAGCCAAGCUCGUGCUGGGAACUGGAAAGGCGCACAAGGGUGCGACCGAGGGUGAGGGCUCUGGCAAUGGCAAGGGUGUUGGUGGCUACUUCAUGGACCCCACUAUCCUUACUGGCAUGACACCUGAUAUGUUGAUGAGCAAAGAGGAGACAUUUGCUCCGGUUGCUGGCAUCUACAAGUUCGAGAAGGAAGAGGAGGUUGUCAAGUGGGCAAAUGAGACGAGCAUGGGUCUUGCCAGCUAUGCUUUCACGAAGAACGUCGAUCGUCUAUGGCGGAUGCUGGAGAAUUUGGAGGCUGGUAUGAUUGGUCUGAACACUGGCAACUCGUCCGCCGCAGAGUCUCCAUUUGGCGGCAUUAAGGAGAGUGGUUAUGGCAAGGAAUCUGGAAAGGAUGUUGCAGUCAACGAGUAUCUCUCUCGAAGACUGGUACUUUCACGAUUGCUGGUCAAUACUAACGUGGCUCAUUGA